CAGGCUGGAACCGUGAGAGUAGGAAAGUAACAAAGGAUGCCCAGGUCAUUCCUAGUGAAGAAACCUUGUAGCUACAGGAUCCCCAACUAUGGACAGCUGCUAGAGGCGCAGGCAGAUGGAAAUACCUCCUGUUUUUCUUGCACUGGCCUAAUGUUGUCGUUGCUUCAGAAUGAGGAUUCUUCAUCUCCAUCAGGCACAAACAGUGAUAGCAGAGAGCACUGGGGAGCAUUCCCAGUUCCAUCCCAACCUCUAGAGGACACAGGCCAGAAAGAAUAUCUUGACAAAGCGUCACAACUUUUCCUUGGAAACAGAAUGGGAGAUGCAUUACCAACCGGCUUACCCCUCAAAGAUAAUAUGAACAACCUAAACUUACCUAUAAGGAGAAGACCAACAGAUGUGAUGCCAGGAUUCAAGAAUGCUCCAUUUAUGCCUCUGCAAAGAGAAACUGAACAACAGUCCAAUAUUUUUGGAUGCUCAGAUUUUCACAUAACCUAUGGAAUGUUAGCAAAUAACAAAACACAGCACUGCCAUGGGCCAGCACAUAGACUCUUCACUUGCCAGCAUUGUGCCAAAGCCUAUAGUAGCCUCGGUGCACUCAAGAUGCACAUUCGAACCCACACAUUGCCCUGUACCUGUAGAAUCUGUGGCAAAGCUUUUUCAAGGCCUUGGCUCCUACAGGGACAUAUCCGGACUCACACAGGUGAAAAACCAUUCUCCUGCUUUCACUGUGGCCGUGGAUUUGCUGACCGCUCUAACCUGAGGGCUCACCUGCAAACACACUCAGAAAUAAAGAGAUAUCAGUGUCCGGGAUGUGGAAAGACCUUUUCUCGAAUUUCUCUCCUUGCCAAGCACCGUGAUGGCUGCUGCUGCCCAGUGUCAUGAUUUAUCCAUUGUUUGGCAAACCAGGGAUUACUGUGGACUAUAAACUGAUUGCGUGCAACAUGCUGAAGUGUGAUUUUACAGUGGUUGUUCAAAACAGAAGUUAAUGAUAAAUUCAGAAUUCAGAAAUAAAUGUGUGGUUGGUGCUUAAUUAUUCAUUCUUUCCCAAAGCCUUCUUUCCACAGAAAUAUGCUAAGUGCUCCAGGGUUGCUAGGGUCACCUUCCUUGACAACAUGUUGAAUUCUUCUCCAUACUUCAGUAGGGGCAGCUGAAAGUCUGAAGUGUGUAUGCAUGAAUGUAUAUUUGUAUUUAUAUAGUGCUACUAUAUAAUAAUCAAUUAAUAGAACAAACAGAGUCCAAUACAAAAGUUAAUACAAAGCACAGUUGCAUGAAAGAUUAAGUGCUAAGUAUUAAGGGUCUGGCCACAUGGGCAGAUUCGGGGAGAUUAUUCACCAGGCGACGAAUCUCCUCUUCUUCGCGGCG